GAUAUGCACUCGGGGCCACUAGGAAGGAUGGUCAUAGCGGUUUGACUUUCAUGCUAUUACAAUAGACCGCGAAGUGCAACCUGUUGAGGCUGCAUAGCAGCGGUAAGAUACUUGUUGAUAAACUUGCACAACGAACAUAAACAAUCCAACUAGCAGUUAUGCAGUGUUUGGUCAUGUAUGGUUGUAAUCAACCAGCAACAGGUUUGAAAUUCAAUAGUUGCCGGUGCAUUUCCUUUUUUUUUUUUUGUGGGAUGCCGAUUUUACCUAGAGUUUUUCAGAACUUUGCGCAUUUCAAAAGCGCUUGCUGUUUGACUGCUCUCACUUUCUUUUUCUCUUCUCGUCAAAAUGGAAGACAACGAUAAUAAUAAUGUUGGACAUCACGCUCCACCUGAUCUUUCUACAAAACCCGUUAAGGGCAUUCUCAAGAAGUCCUCGAAGUUCGCUCAAGAUGCUGCGGCGUCUAGACUCAAAUGGGACGAGAAUAACUUGAUGUUGACUGAAGCCCAAAAGGAUUCAACUAUGAAAGUGGAUGAGCCUAAAACUCCUUGGAUACACUAUAACGCUGAUACCGAUGAGGUCAGCAUGGAUGGAAUUACGCCCAUGCAGCUAGCUUCUCGCGAAGAACCUGAAGACGAUUUUGCAUUGGAUGAUGGUAGAGGCAACGAAAGCGAUCGUUCAAGUUCGUCCACAGGCUCUAAACAAAGAAGACGAGUGUCUGUUAGCGAUGAUGACUGGGAUACCGAUGACAUCGAAGAAGAUGAAGAAGCUAAGAAGCACCAUGAAGAAUUUGAACGGAAACGUGCUCAACACUACAAUAUGGGCAACGUUUUACGUCACCCAGCACCACCUGUUGAAGAUGAAGAGGCCCUCCCUGAACAAGACAAGGUAGCCGAAGCCAACGCUGCUCAUAACAUACAUGUGCCAGCCAACGGUACGACGAACAAUAUGGACCAAGACUGAUAAUCCCAUGCAGUUUGUCGAUGAGCUGUAGUGUGCAUUUAAUGUCGUGUUUCUAUUUCCUUGGAUGUCUUUACACACUUUGUGAUCUUUUUGGUUCACUCCUUGUCUUCUCGUUAUAACCCUCCAUACCUUGCUAUAUGAUAGCCAUACGAACAAAAGCAACAAAAUAGUUUGGAUGCAAUAAA